AUGCCUUCUGUAAAACCACUCACCAGCAUUUUAAUCUGUAUUAUCCUGUGGUUUAUAGUUUUAGCCCAAGGAGCUACCAGAAUCUACUAUAUUGGAAUUGUGGAAGAAAAUUGGGAUUAUGCACCAACCAGGAAGAAUCAGAUCACAGGACAGAACCUCUCUGAGGAUAAAGAAGCAAAUAAGACCAUGAAAAGAGGACCUGGCAGAAUUGGACAAGUUUACAAGAAGGCAAUUUUCAGACAGUUCACAGAUGAGUGCUACUCUCAGGAGAUUGCAAAACCAUCUUGGCUGGGUUUUCUUGGUCCAGUGCUGAUAGCUGAAGAAAGGGACACCUUUAUUAUUCAUUUAAAAAACUUUGGUUCCUGGCCAUAUUCUGUACAUCCGCAUGGAGUCUUUUACAAGAAAGACUCUGAAGGGGCACUUUAUCGUGAUGGAACAAGCGGAAAGAGCAAAGUAGAUGACUUUGUUCUCCCUGGGACCAAUUACACAUACACGUGGCCAGUUACUGAUGAUUUUGCACCUACUCCAGCUGAUCCACCAUGUCUGACCUGGAUUUACCAUUCACAUAUUGACACCCCAAAAGAUAUCAGCAGUGGGUUAAUUGGACCAUUGCUGGUUUGUAAGAAAGGAUUAUUAGACAAUACUUCAGCUUCAGUAGCAGUCCACUCUAAAGGCUUUGCCCUGAUGUUCAGCAUUAUAGAUGAAAACCUCAGCUGGUACCUGGAUGAGAAUAUAAUCACUUUUUGCUUAGAUCCUAGCACAGUCGAUAAAGAGGGUGAAGAUUUUCAGUUGAGCAAUAUGAUGCUUUCAAUUAAUGGAUAUAUGUUUGGAAACAUCCCUGGCCUGGAAAUGUGUGCUGGUGAUUUGGUGUCUUGGUUCUUGAUUGGAAUGGGGAGUGAGUUGGAAGUUCACUCUGUGCACUUCUUUGAUCACACCCUAAUUGACAGAGGAUAUAGGACAGAUGUCAUUGGCCUCUUUCCUGCUACCUUCAUCACAGCAGAAAUGAUUGCAGAGAAUGUUGGGAAAUGGCUUUUAAACUGUCAAGCCGAUCGUCACAUGCAAGGAGGUAUGGCAGGAUUAUAUAGCAUCAAGUCCUGUGGUCAAAACAUUAUGGGCCACUCUUCCUGGAAUGGUCAGAAAAGAAAAUAUUUUAUUGCUGCUGAAAGAAUUAUGUGGGAUUAUGGGCCUGGUGGUAUUAAUGCAUUCACUGGACAACCUUUAAAUGCCACUGACAGUUAUGGACAUAUAUUUGUGAGCCAAAGUGAAGAUAUGAUAGGUUCGAAGUACAAGAAGGUAGUUUAUAGAGAACACAAAAAUGAAAAAUUUAUGGAGCACAAAAAAAGAACCUUAAAAGAAGAACACCUACAAAUUCUAGGGCCUUUCAUUCAUGCAGAAGUUGGUGACUUAGUAGUAAUUAUAUUUAAGAACAAAGCCAAUAGGCCCUAUUCAGUAUCAGCACAUGGGGUACAAGAAGAUGCUGGAAUUAACGCUCACAUUACCAUGCCAGGAGAAAUAAGCAUUUACCAAUGGAGAAUUCCAGAAAGAUCAGGUCCUGGUGUUUCUGAUCCUAACUGUAUUUCCUGGGCUUAUUAUUCAACAGUGCAUUUUGUAAAGGAUUUGUAUAGUGGUUUGAUUGGACCACUUGUAAUUUGCAGGAAGGGGAUAUUAAAUGAGGAGGGCUCGAGGAGUGAUGUUGAUCGCGAAUUUAUCCUUCUGUUUUUCAUUUUUGAUAAAAAUGAAUCUUGGUAUUUAAAUGACAACAUUGUAAGCUAUCUGGGCAAAAAUCCUGAAGAAUUUAACCGCACCAGUAAUUUCAUGGAAGGGAACAAAAUGCAUGCAAUCAAUGGAAAAAUCUUUGAUAAUCUCCACGGGCUUAUAAUGAAUGAAGGAGAAAACACAAAUUGGUACCUGAUAGGAAUGGGAAAUGAAGCUGAUGUCCAUACUGUCCAUUUUCAUGGAGAAACCUUUAUUUUCAAGCUGAAGCUUCCGGAUACUCUUCAAGGACGGCUCCAUGUAGCGCGUGUUACAAUCUGGAGGAACCUGAACUGCAGCCUGCUGGACAAACGCCGGCCCCCAGCUGCUCGAAGACAUCCCGCGAAAGGUCCGACGGCCGAGAGUGCGUUCAGUAUCGCCCGCGGAAAAGGUCCGAGGGCCCCCUGCGGGCUUCAGGGGCGUGGCCUCCCCCCCCCCCCCGCGAGCUCAGGCCCCAGCUUCCCCUUCCCCGCCUCCGCUUCUCGGAACCCCACGGCCCCGCCCCCACCUCGCCAGGCCCCGCCUCUCCGUGACAAAGGCCGGCAGGGAGGAGGCGGGGGUGUCUCUCCCUCCCCGCCAAUGCUCUGCCGCCUUCGGAGAGGGCGCCAAACAAAGACUGCCCGCGGCGCCCCUCCCGGCCGGCCAGUCUGGCUUUCUUGGCGGGCGGGGACUCCGUGGCGGCAGGCGGCCACCCCCUGGCCAGGGGCCGGGACGCGGCGGCCGGAGUUAGAGAUGCUGCCCGGCUGA